AUUGUUUUUAUUCUGUAAGCGUUUUCUGAAAGCAGUAAAGCAUUUGAUGCUGUUGAAUGUUGUAGUGAACACCGUGAGCCAAACUCCUCCAGUGCGUUAAUACAGAGUGUGCUUUAAAGCCUCGCUUCACAUGGUGCUUUUCAUAAACUAAAGUAACAGGAACCCAAGCUUUUUUUUUUUUUUCCAGCUGAGACCAUCAUGAAACCUGGUGAGAUGUGGAGGUAUAAACGCACUCGAUCCGUGCCAUUGUCCCGCGCACACACGCGCUCGGUGUGAGUCUCUCUCUAUUCCGCGCAGAUGGCAGGUGGAUCCGGUUCCAGACGGACUCUGUGGCGGGUUUUCGUCCCUCCCUCUUCAGAUCAAUGAAGUCUCAUCGCCAAACUCAUCGCGCACAGAGAGCGAGCGGCGCGGCGCGGCGCGUCAGUCAGUCAGAGGAACCGCCGCGUGCGUCACGACCGGAUCGAGGAUGGAGAAUCGCGCUGUUUAACGACACGGUAUCGCUCGCGCUGGUCGUUUCCAUUCACGGGAGCGCAGGAUCCUCAAUCGCGCGGAUUGAUUGAUUGAUUAAUAGCGGAUUUUGCGGUGAUUUUGACCAUCAUGGGCUGCGUCACUGGAGAUAUUCACCGGAGCAGACUUUACGCACUCCUCAUCGGGCUGCAUGUUCUCACCGGUGUCUCCAAAACGCACGGCUUGGAUGCUCGGCGGUCUUUCGUGGAGCUGCGGUUCGUGCUGGAGCCGCAGGACGCGGUGACGGUUCGGGGCGGUGUGCUGCAGCUGGACUGCGAGGCGCGCUCGGAUCAGGGCGUUCCGGUCAUCUCCUGGAAGAAGGACGGCGUGCUGCUGAGCGCGGUGGUGGACGAGCGCAGACAGCAGCAGUCCAACGGAUCACUCCUGGUGCAGAACGUGCUGCACUCGCGCCACCACCGUCCAGACGAGGGCUCGUACCAGUGCCUGGCCUCGCUGGAGGGCCUCGGAGCCAUCGUCAGCCGCACCGCUGAAGUCUCCGUCGCCGGUCCUCUGCGCGUGGUCGUCCCCACCGAGUCGAUCUCGGCUCAUCUGGGCGACACGGCUCUGCUGCGCUGCGAGGUGACGGGCGAGCCCAUGCCCGUGGUGCGCUGGCAGAAGAACAGGGAGGACCUGCCCUUGACCUUUGACCCCGAAAGCAGAGUGGUCAUCCUGCCCUCCGGAUCUCUGCAGGUCAGCAGGAUCCAGCCGCCGGACUCGGCCACGUACCGCUGUCUGACGGAGAACCCCAGCAGCUCCCGCACUGGCACAGACGCCGACCUGCGCGUCAUACCGGAGCCCGGAGUAGCGCGAGCGCUGACGUUCCUCCAGAGGCCUCAGAAGGUCACGGCUCUACAGGGCAGAGAUGCGGUUCUAGAAUGUUCCGCCUCCGGCUAUCCCACCCCAUCCUUCUACUGGAUGAGAGGAGACGAGCUGAUCCAGAGCAGAUCAAAGAAAUACUCUCUCCUGAGCGCCAGCAACCUUCUGAUCAGCAGCGUCACAGACGACGACUCGGGAACAUACACCUGCGUCGCUCACAACAAACAGCAGAACAUCUCUGCGCCCUGCGAGCUCUCCGUGCUCGUGCCUCCUCAGUUCCUCAGCUACCCGUCGAACACGUAUGCGUAUGAAAGCACGGACAUCGAGAUGGAGUGUGCCGUGGCGGGAAACCCGCAGCCCACCGUCCGCUGGGUGAAGAACGGAGAGGCCGUCAUUCCCAGCGACUACUUCCAGAUCGUGGAGGGCGGUCAUCUCCAGAUUCUGGGUCUGCUCCGCUCAGACGAGGGUUUCUAUCAGUGUAUCGCUGAGAACGAGGCGGGAAACAAUCAGGCGAUGGCUCAACUCAUCCUGCUGCAGCCCGUGACCCCGAGCUCAGGCGUCCUCCCCUCCGCUCCCCGUGACGUGGCCCCUGUCCUCGUGUCCAGCCGCUUCGUGCGCCUCGGCUGGCGGCCCCCGGAGGAGCCGCGCGGAACCGCCCUGACCUACGGCGUCUUCUUCUCAGAGGAGGGAAUCAACAGGGAGCGCAGCGUGAACGUGACGGAGGCUGAGAGUCUGCAGCUGACGGUCCAUAAUCUCAGACCCGAGGCCACUUACUCCUUCAGGGUGGUGGCGUAUAAUGAGCAGGGCCCCGGAGAGAGCUCAGAGGCCAUCCGACUGUCCACGCAACCCGAGCUUCUGGUUCCUGGUCCAGUGGAGAACCUGCGGGCAGAAGCUGCGUCUCCAUCCUCCAUCCAGGCGUCCUGGGAUCCUCCGUCCCACGCCAGCGGCCCCAUCCAGAGCUACAGACUGCUGUGGACCGAGACGUCCACCGGGAAAGAGCAGAAUGUGGAGGUGGUGGGUCAGAGCUACAGCAUGGAGGGCCUGAAGAAGUUCACAGAGUAUUCGUUACGAGUGCUGGCGGUCAAUCGGCACGGGCCCGGCCUCUCCGAGACAGACACGCUCAUCACCACGCUCUCAGACGUGCCCAGCGCUCCACCGCAGAACAUCUCACUGGAGGUCGUCUACUCACGGAGCAUUAAGGUGAGCUGGCAGCCUCCACCUGCAAACACACAGAACGGAUUCAUCACCGGAUACAAGAUCCGCCAUCGCAAAACGGGCCGGCGGGGGGAACAGGAGGCCAUCGAACCCAACAACCUCUGGUACCUGUUCACCGGACUGGAGAAAGGCAGCCAGUACAGCUUCCAGGUGGCAGCCAUGACGGUCAAUGGCACGGGGCCCAGCAGCGAGUGGCACACGGCCGAGACGCCUGAGAAUGACCUGGACGAAACUCAAGUUCCCAACCAGCCGAGCUCUCUGCACGUGCGUCCGCUGCCCAACAGCAUCAUCAUGAGCUGGACUCCGCCGCUGAACCCCAACAUCCUCGUGCGCGGCUACAUCAUCGGCUACGGAGUGGGCAGCCCAUACGCCGAGACCGUGAGAGUGGACAGCAAGCAGCGCUACUACUCCAUCGAGAACUUGGAGCCCAGCUCUCAUUACGUCAUCUCUCUGAAGGCCUUCAAUAACGCAGGUGAAGGAGUUCCUCUGUACGAGAGCGCCGUCACCAGAUCAAUGUCAGACCCCUCGGACCCGUCCGAUGACGAUCUGUUCCAUCUGUUUGAUAAAUUCCCUACCCCCAUCCCAGAUACGUCCACGCCCAUGAUUCCUCCUGUAGGUGUGCAGGCCGUGGCGCUCAUGUCCGACUCGGUGCGCGUCAGCUGGGCCGAUAACUCCAUUCCCAAGAACCAGAAGUCCUCAGAGGUGCGCUACUACUCCGUCAAGUGGAAGACCAGCCACUCCACCAGCAGCAAAUACAAGUCGGCUGAUACUACAGCCCUCAGUCACACUGUCACGGGUCUGAAGCCCAACACCAUGUAUGAGUUCUCUGUUAUGGUGACUAAAGGACGCAAGUCCAGCACGUGGAGCAUGACGGCACAUGCCACCACUUAUGAAGCAGCACCGAGCUCAGCCCCAAAGGACCUGACUGUGAUUGGCCGAGAGGGACGUCCACGAGCCAUUCUGAUUAGCUGGCAGCCGCCGCUGGAGGCCAACGGACGAAUCACAGGUUAUAUCCUGUACUACACGCUGGACAAGAACAUGCCCAUCGACGACUGGGUGAUGGAGCCCAUCGGCGGAGACCGGCUCACGCACCAGGUCAUGGACCUCAACCUGGACACCGUCUACUUCUUCCGCAUCCAGGCCAAGAACGCCAAAGGAGUGGGUCCGCUGUCGGAGCCUGUGCAGUACAGGACGGCCAAAGUUGAGCAUCCGGAUAAGAUGGCCAAUGAUCAAGGUAAGCAGAUGAUCGCAGCGUCUGGUCUCUCGUCCGCUGCUGAUAAUUCUCCUGUGUGAGUGUGUGUGUGCAUUGACAUGAGCAGCCUGAACGAGCCUCCGAUCGGUCAGAUGCGGCCGCCUCAUGGCAGCGUGACGCCUCAGAAGAACAGCAACCUGCUGGUGAUCAUCGUUGUUUCUGUGGGAGCCGUGACUGUGGUGGUGGUGGUGAUCGUCGCCCUGAUCUGCACCCGCCGCUCAUCCGCACAGCAGAGGAAGAAACGUGCGACACACAGCGCUGGGAAACGAAAGGGCAGCCAGAAAGAUCUGCGACCUCCUGACCUCUGGAUCCAUCAUGAGGAGAUGGAGCUAAAGAACAUAGAGAAGCCCUCGAGCUCCGCCCCCUCCGGCCACGAGUCGCCAAUCCAGAGCUGCCAGGAGAUGGCGCCGGUCAGCCACAGCCAAUCAGAGAGCCAGAUGGGCAGCAAGAGCAGCCACUCAGGUGCAGACGGGGAUGAUGCUUCCAGCAGCAUUUCCACAUUAGAGCGAUCGUUAGCCGCCCGCCGGGCCACGCGCACCAAGAUGAUGAUUCCCAUGGACUCUCAGCCCAGCAACACACCGGUGGUCAGUGCCAUCCCAGUUCCCACGCUGGACAGCAGUCAGUAUCCGGGCAUCCUGCCAUCGCCCACCUGCGGAUUCACCACACACCCCAAAUUCACCCUGCGACCCAUGCCUUUCUCCACACUGAGCGUCGACCGUAGUUACGCUGCCGCGAUGUCAGCGGAGUGCGCCGCUCCAAUGGCCCCGCAGCAGCCGCAGGCACUGAUUCCCACGGCGCAGUCGGAGCCGUCGGGGUUGGAAGAGAUUCCCAGCCGCACCAUCCCGACCGCUUGUGUGCGGCCCACGCAUCCCCUGCGCAGCUUCACCAACCCGCUCCUGCCUCCACCCAUGGGCACCAUCGAGCCCAAGGUCUACACGCCCAUGACAGGUGGGAGUUUACCCAAACCGCAGGUGAAGACGGCCUCGCUGGGUCAGGCUGGGAAGGCCCGCUCUCCGAAGAAACAUGCUAGCGACAUUCCGUCGGUUCCCACAUCUUUAGAGAGAAAACUCACGGAUGAUGCAUCUGCUGUGUACGAGCAGGACGAUCUGAGCGAGCAGAUGGCCAGUCUGGAAGGUCUGAUGAAGCAGCUCAAUGCCAUCACGGGUUCGGCUUUUUAACGCAGACGCAGAGGACUCUCUCUGACUCACCUGAAGCCCUCAAACGGGAUUAUAAAGGGAAAAUGACUCCGAACCGAAUCUCCGCGAUGGAGAAGAAGCGUCUCUUUUCUAACACUGUCUGAGAUUUUAUACUGGUUUACGUACGAUCUGAACGCAGAUCCAUCAGGAGGAAGACUGUGAGGAUUCCUGAGCUUCAUCUACUGACGGAAACCUUUCCCAUGGGAUUAUUAGCGAUUCAUCUCAAACACGACCGAGUUGGCAAAAUACACAUUUUCACUGACAUCUUGGCAAUCUAUUGCUGCCAAAAUCCCUUGAAUACACUUCACUGGGGAACUGUAUGUUCACACUAGAAAGCGGUCGGAUGAAGCCGAGAAGAUCGGAUCAUUUUGCUCACGCAGCACUGAUUUUUGUUGUUGAUUGUUUGCUGUGUCUCUUUGUGAAUCUCAUAUUGGUUUAUUAUUUGACCGUAGAGGAACUGUAAACCCCUGCAGUGUGCUCUUGAGUUCACUUUAUGCAUUUCAUCUCCAUCCAGGGAUAAAUGAACCACUUGUG